CCUCAGCAACUGUGUCACUGCGAACCGGCAACAAACACCUGCGCUGUCACUGUGACUCACAAACACAGGACGACUACUUUACAGUCCAGGAAUUCAUCGGUUUUACUUCAAAAUAAGCGGCUGCAAAUAUCUACAGUUUCCUGCGGAGUUUCCUGUCCUGUCGGCAUGUGAUGGCAGGCUGAAGCUUCCGGCGCUGUCUCAACCACUGCUGUCAUCCUGAGCAUCCCGUCCCGAAAACACCACUGUGGAUGUCUUAAAUCAUGAGUGCCCAGGGAUCUCCGUCGAGGCAGGCCAAUGGAGUGGCCAGAUCGGACAGCAAGAUCAGCGCCAAGGCCCUCUAUGAACAGAGGAAAAAGUACUCCAACUCCAAUUAUAUAAUGCAAGAGACGUCGCAGUAUCAUGUCGAGCAUCUUUCCACGUUCAUUAUGGACAAGACAGAGUCCAUCGUCACAGUGGACGAUGCCGUCAAGAAACUAGACUUUCUGGACUCAAAAGACAAAAUCUGGACUCAGGAGAUGCUCCUGCAGGUCACUGACAAGGCGGUCCGGCUGCUGGACUGUGACACACAGGAAGAGUUGGAGAACUUCCCCCUCCCAACCAUCCACAUGAGUCAGGCGGUCCUGAAUCAAACACGUUACCCCUCUGUGCUGCUGCUGGUGUGUCAGGACAAGGAGCAGCACAAACCUGACAUCCACUUCUUCCACUGUGACGAGGUGGAGGCUGAGAUGGUUCAUGCUGAUAUAGACAGUGCCAUUGGAGACAACAAGCAUGGAAAGAAAAUGAGGCUUCAGACUCUCAAGGUGAACCAGGAGAAAAUGAAGCGUCACAGAGAAAGCAUCCUCCCCCCCUCGGCCCCUAAGGGCCCCUCACCCGCUGCAAAGGGACGUGUGGCAGCCUCAAACACACAACAUCAACGAGCAUCCGGACAAAGUGACAUGGAGUCACAUGAAAAGCUGGCUCAGCGGAUUGAGAAGGAUGUGCAAAUCCUCAACUGUUCCCUGGAUGACAUAGAGAUCUUUGUGGCGCGGCUGCAAAAGGCAAAAGAUGCCUUUUCUCAGCUCAACCACCGCAACAAGAGUAAGAAGAAUAAGAAGAAAGGACCAGCAGAGGGCAUGUUGACCCUGCGAGCCAAGCCCCCCUCUGAAGCUGAGGUUAUUGAUAGCCUGCAGAAACUGAAGCUGGCCCUCAACCUCUUGGCCAAACUGAAGAAGCACAUACAGAAUCCAAGUGCGUCUGAGCUGGUUCAUUUCCUCUUCGGCCCUCUGGAGCUGGUGUUGCAGAGCUAUGGAAGUCCUGAACUGGCGCGUUCAGUAAUCUCCCCGCACCUUUCCAAAGAAACCGUGGACUUCCUGCGGGGACACCUCACCCCCAAAGAGAUGACCGUCUUCGAGCUAAUGGGGGAUGGAUGGACCAAACCUAGAGCGGAGUGGCCCAGGGACCAGUGCGCUCCUCCUUAUCACCCAAAGUUUCGUAAUGGCUGGGAGCCGCCAGCAGACUACUUCAGGAUGGCCCCGUGGGAGACAGAAGGACUUGGGGGGCCACUGGGGUCUCCAACCAGCCCCGAUUACAAAAAACACUCAGCUGAGGAUUAUUAUGGAACUCAUUCCUCAAACUCGUCAAAUGGGUCAAACAACGGGAUUCCCCCCACCCGCAAACAUGCCAAAAUUCACUACCACUUUGUAGCACGGAAUGCCAACGAGCUGUCGGUGCUGCAGGACGAAAUCCUCGAGGUGAUAGAGGAUAACAAACAGUGGUGGAAACUACGAAAUCGCAGCGGUCAGGCAGGCUAUGUCCCGGCAAACAUCCUGGAAGUUGUGAAGAUCGAGGACUCAGAAGCCGCCUAUAACCAGGGCUACGGGACGACAUCUCCUGGUUCUCUGAGCCCUGGAAGCAGCUUCAACCAUGGUAAACCCUUUGAUCAAAAAGAGAUGCAGAAGGUCCAAAGUGAGUUAUUGGAGAAAAUCCAUAACAAAAACCAGCCGGCUGUCAAAAAGUACCGUGGGGUGGGAUCAACCAGCAGCCAUGUACCGCUCAACCUUGACUCAACCCCAGAGCAGGUGACCGCGUGGCUCAGCGCAAAAGGUUUCUCGAAACCGACCAUUGAAUGUUUGGGGAUCCUGACUGGAGCACAGCUGUUUUCCCUCAACAAAGAGGAGCUGAAGGCGGUGUGUGGAGACGAAGGAAAUCGUGUCAACUCUCAGCUCACAGUGCAGAAAGAAUUGCUGGAGAAGAGCAAAGGAGACACGGAGCUGCAGGAGGUCAUGAAGCGGCAGCAGGAGAGAAUCAACUCUUGCAGCAAAGACUGAACGGACGCUUUCCCCUCUUCAGAAGCUUCUUCAAUCAAGCUCUUGUCAAUGAUCACCUACAGUGGAACAUACUGAAAUGUUGUAUACAUUUUUAAUUGUAUAUUUAUUUUGUAUCAUCCAAUAUGUAUGUAUUCCAGUGUUUUCUUAUCUAAUUAUGUUGCUUCUGUUUUCAUUGUUGUUGUAUGAAAGAGGGAGAAUGUGAAUCCAUGUACAGUUGUGAGAGGGUGUGUGUGGGAGCAUGUGUAAGCACACCAUGCAUGUAUCGUGCAUAUUUGUAGUGUGGUCAAUGUUUAUGCUCAUUGUCAAUAUUGCAGCUGUUUACUGAAUGACUUCAAUAAGUAGAUCUUAGCUAUAGCAUAACUAAACCUGUGCCAGAAUGUUUGACACCUUUUCUGAUAUAUAGCCAUUUAUUUUCAUAUUACUGUUUACAACUAUAAUAAAUAAUAAAUCGCAAACUAUAUGUCAGAAGUAUUCUCAUCAAUCCUGCUUACUAACUGCAGUUCAGCUGUAGGUAUUAAUAGAAAUAAUGUUUUUAAUCAGAAUUCAGACAUUCUGGCAAGAGAAACUCAUUCAUGACGUUAUUGUACAUAACAGUGAGAUACUGUCAUUUAUGUUGUUUUGGAGCAGCAUGAUAUUUGCAGUGUAAGCUGAACACAUACAGGAAAAAUAAGGAAAACAUGAAAGUGUGUUGCUCUGAUAAUAAUACUUAAAUUAAGAUUUGGGCCAUGCAUUCAAGGGGUUGUAAAUAUAAUGGGACACAGUUUGAAAAAACAGUACAAUAAAAAAAUAUCUUGUUAAAUA